GUUCACGCGGUCACACUGGCAAUCACAUGAUUUGGUCAUAAGUUUUCUCAGUCGGGCCCUGCAAAGCGAAAAAAUUUUCUCCACUGUCUUUUCUGUUGUAGUUUGAGUUAACUUUUCGUGCGUCGUCCCAGCAAGAUGUUGUGGAAAUCGCUGAUUGCAUUGUGCGUCAUUGGAGCAGCCUUGGCCGAGCAAACGCCCGUAUUCCUAUGGGGUGCCAACAGUGUUGCGAAGCCCUCGUUGAGGACCGUGCCCCAGGCGGAGUUUGCUGACCAGUUGGCAGAGCUGCUGAAAGAUCACAUGGUUGUGGCCUUCGAGGAAAAUGGCCUGAGCACGAAGGACUUCCUGUGCGCCAACUCCCAGUCGCAUUCCUGCUACGCCAAGCUGCAAGGCGUGAGCCCGAAGACUUACUACACCAGCGUGGAGAAUCCAUCGGAGGCGCUGCGCUCGGUGGCCGCCAAGCGGGAGCACAACAGCAUCGAUGCCAGCGGUCGGCUCGUCAGCCCGGCCAAGUGCUCCGUGGGCACCGCUCUGUUUGUCAGCUUCGAGGAUGACGAAGAAACGCGCGAGGUCACCCUGGAGUCACAUGACUCUGCCAUUGCCGCUAUCAGCAAGCAGUUUGACUGCAAGGUGGCUUAUCUGUAUCUGGCCGCUCCGUCCACCGCUCCCGUGGUGCAGCGUCGCACGCGCCGUGACACGGCCGCCACCACCGGCGGCAUCAUGUGGGUGUCUGGCAACCAGUUUCGCAUGUUCUACACCAGCGUCCAGUACAACGGUGUGCCCUUCUCGGUCAACUCGCUCACCAUCAGCAACGGAACUACUCCCGCUACUAAGUUCUCCGUUACCCUGGCCACUGCCGAUCCCACCAAGUCACUCACGUUCGAUGUUCUUUAUGGCGAUGGCGGCUACUUUAGCCUGACCAACGUGGCCUACGCCGGACAGAAAUUCCGCAGCACGGGCAUCAUCAAUGCGCCCACCACCUUCUCGUAUGCCUGCGGCAACCUCACCCUGGAGACGGCUGCCGUUGAUAAUAGGUACAACACGCUGAGCUUCAAUUCGCUGCAGAUUCAGGCUCCCUUCAGCAGCACCUACAAGGAGAACUUUGUCUUCGGCGACUCCUGGGACUGUGUGGGCUUCGUCUCCACUGGCAUUCUGAUGGGUCUGUUUGUGGUUGUCAUCUUCCUGAUUAUUAUUUUCAUUGGCGUCUGCUGGAUGAUGGACAUCAACACAAUGGAUCGCUUCGACGAUCCCAAGGGCAAGACGAUCACGAUCAAUGCCGGCGCUGAGUAAACGACUGGCAAAAUGUUUUUGUCAAUUUCUUAGUUCAUUCCUUUUCCUCCUUCAGUCUGUCCCACACAUAUUUGCGAACUACAAUACCUAAUAUCGUAAUCAUACAAUCAUAUAAUCAGGAAAUUAGUAAUGGCAAUUUAUGUCGUAAACAUAAUUUUCGCCUGCAAAGAUCAGUCACCGUUCAGCAUCAAUCGCGAGGCUGGUCUUUGUCGUUGAAAAUUGUCUGUCCCGAGAGAGAGUUUUGCUUGCAACGACUUUGCAAACAGUAUUUACAGUUUAUAGUUUAGCCCCUCCAUUACCCCAUGUGUGUGUGCCUGUCCUGUAUAUGUGUGAGUGUGUGAUUGCCGCAAGUCGGUAAAUCUAAACUUGGAUUUGGCCAAGUGUUUUAUAGUUACUUGUUUCCGGCGCAAAUACGAGAAUGUGAACAUAAUUUAUGCCUCUGUAUGAUAGUUUAUCAUUUGUGUGUGCUACGACGCUCCUCCUGUUCGCAGGCCCAGCGAAAAUAAAAGUUUUUUUUCAAUUGUGUUACAAAAA